UGGACCUUUGCCAGCCAGUGCUGGUGAGUCAAAUAGAAGGUGAAGGGGACCCAGAGCCAGACUGGAUCUUCCUGCGAGUCACAGCUAAGCAUGUGAUUGAGGUGGAACUGAAGGCUGCCAGAGUCCUCCACAAGCUGGAGCUGAAAUGCCUGCAGAAGGUGGAGACCUCUGAGAUGAACUGGAGAAGGAUGGAGCUGGAGCGAGCUUUCCCCGUGCUCACGUUGCACUUCAGCUACAUUCGCAAGGACCGGCAGAAGCGCAGAUACGUGGUGCUCGACGACUGCCCGGAGCGGUGUCUGCAGUGUGUCCUUGAAGUGUUGUCCCCAGCUGUUGAGGAGAAUCGGCGAAAUCAGGACCAGCAGAAGGGAUCCAUGAAGCUCCAGUGCCUGAAAUGCAAGCAAGAGUUUUCACAGUCCUGGUGCCAAGGUUCCUAUCCUUCAGAUGCUGGAGAUGCCAAAAUCCUGGAGACCCUAGCUGCCUCAGGUCAAGAUGCUGCAGUAGCUGGUGAGCCCAUAGCCUGUCCCAGCUGUUCCAGUGACCACGUGGUCAUCCUGCCUUCAGAGGUGUACUCCAGCACACCUUUGCCGCUUGGCCCCGAUAGCACGAGUGAGGACCUGUCGGACUCUGUCCUGGAGGGAGGCAGUCAGCAGGAGGGCCCAGAGGAAGCGCCUGUCCUGGCCAGCGGGAGUGGGCAGUUCUACCUCGGCGAGGGGGACAGCCCAGAGGUGGACAGCAGCACCAGGGCCCCGGCGCUGAGUGGCGAGCACGACGGCACUCUCCGUUCCCGCAGGUCGGAUGGGGGCUGUGGGAAGAAGGAGCUGAGCCUGAGGAGCCAGUACUUGUCCCUCAGCCACACGGACACCAAUGGGGGCAGCUUGAUGGGGAGCUACCGUUACAGUGUUUCUCGUGGGCCCACUCCUUCCCAGCUUUCUUUGAACUCCGAGCCUGAGGAAACGUGGAAUCUCAGUCCCUCUGUAAAUGGCAUCCUGAACACAAGGGACUUCCAUUCUGUGGAUCAUCGCCUGAAGUUGUACCUGGAUAUGGAAGUUUUCGAGGAGAAUGCUGAGGAGUUCCAGUGCUUCCUCAAGGUGGUCAUGGUGAAGUUUGGCCGACAAGGAGAGUUCCUCUCAAUCCUGGUUGCCUCUGAUCUCAAGAUUUAUGUGCUGGAAGUCACUGGGGCUAUCAGGGGGCAACCUGCAGACUGGCUGAAGAAGAAUGACUCUCACUACCUGUCUGAUAUUUCCCAUCUGGAAGUGGGGCUCUGCCACCAGAGUUUGCGAGUGGAGUUUGAGAACCCAAAAGCCUCCUACAAUCUGCUCAUCCGGAACCAAAGCUGCUGUGACCAAUUUCUGCAGACCCUGACAUAUCUCCUGCAAGAACUGCCUGCUAAGCACAGGAGUAAGGUGAAGGAAAUCUCCACUGUGGAAAUGAAUCCACAACAUUGGCUAUGGCCUCUGCUGGACUCCAAGACCACAGUUUCUGCAGCUGCAGAUGACACUUGUUUCUUCUACCUCCUGGGCUACCUGAUGCAAGACUAUGGUGCCCAAAAGUGGACACAGUUCCAGCUGAGGCCUCAUUGA